AUGUCCACAACGAGAGCUGCAGGUUUGGUCAUAUACAGAAAAAGCAAUGAAUACAUACAAUUUCUUUUGCUUCAAACAUCUUAUGGCCAACACCAUUGGACUCCACCAAAAGGCCAUGUAGAUCCAGGAGAGUCAGAUUGGGUAACAGCAUUACGAGAAACAAAGGAAGAAGCUGGAUUAACAGAAAAUGAUUUAGAGAUUCAUCAAGACAUUACUAAAACUCUUAACUAUGCAGUGAAUGGCAAACCAAAGGCAGUUGUGUACUGGUUGGCUAAAUUAAAAAAUCCAGAACAAAAGAUAACAUUGUCUGAUGAGCAUCAAGAUUUAAAAUGGCUGCAAUUGAAAGAAGCGCAAGAGAUAUCUGGCUUUGAAGAUAUGAGUAAACUUCUAGAAGAAUUUCAUGUAAAAGCUCUCAAGCUAUUUUAG